AUGGACUGGCCCCUCAAGGACCCUGCUUUCUUUGACCAAGACUUGGAUGACCUUUACCGCUACGAGCCACAGAGGAGCAAAGCAGUGUACCGUUUUGAGGGUGACGAGGUAUUUGAUUGUCUUUGCGACACCGCCAGAGCACACAGACUGGCCGCCCGCGCGGAGCAACCCGACAUCCGACACAACCCAGCGAUUCUCGAGUACCUCCCCUUCUCGCGGGAAAGUUUUGAGAAGAUCGUCACAUGCCUACCUCUGCACGGAGACACGGCGCGGGUCGUCAACCGCUACAACAUGGCCUUCUUCACAAGCAUCGACCUGCUCGACAGCCCAGCCAACGCCAUCUGUCCGUGA